GGUACCCCGAUCACAUGGUGUUUGCGGAGUUCAGGCGGCGCUUCGAUGUCCUGGCCCCACACCUGACAAAGAAGCAUGGGCGCAAUGAGAAGCGCGCAGUAGAGGAGCUCCUGGAGUCGCUGGACCUGGAGAAGAGCAGUUACCAUAUGGGAUUGAGUCGGAUCCAAGAUUUGGCCAUCCGGUGCGUGCAGAAGAACAUCAAGAAGAACAAGGGGGUGAAAGACUGGCCCUGGUGGAAGCUCUUCACCACCGUGCGGCCCCUCAUCGAGGUGCAGCUCACUGAGGACCAGAUCCGUGGCAAAGACGUGGGUAUCUCUCAGCUGAAGAGCAAACUCGAGAAGGUGGAGAAGGAGCGUAACGAACUGCGGCUCAACAGCGACCGCCUGGAGAGCAGGAUCACAGAGCUGACAUCGGAGCUGACAGACGAGCGGAACACGGGCGAGUCAGCCUCCCAGCUGCUGGCGGCCGACAGGCGGCGGGCUGAGAAGGAGAUGAAGGCCCUGCAGGCCAAGUACGAUGCCCUGAAGAAGCAGAUGGAGUUGAUGGAGAUGGAGGUGAUGGAGGCUCGGCUCAUCCGUGCAGCCGAGCUCAACGGGGAGCUGGACGAUGAUGAUUCAGGUGGCGAAUGGCGGCUGAAAUACGAGCGGGCAGUGCGGGAGAUCGACUUCACCAAGAAACGGAUGCAGCAGGAGCUGGAGGACAAGCUGGAGGUGGAGCAGCAGGGCAAGAGGCAGCUGGAGCGCAAGCUGGCAGACCUGCAGGCAGACAGUGAGGAGAGCCAGCGGGCGCUGCAGCAGCUAAAGAAGAAGUGCCAGCGCCUCACUGCUGAGCUGCAGGACACCAAGCUGCACCUCGAGGGACAGCAGGGACGCAACCAUGACCUGGAGAAGAAGCAGAGGAGGUUUGACAGUGAGCUCUCGCAGGCGCAUGAGGAGACGCAGCGGGAACGGCUGCAGCGGGAGAAGCUGAGCCGGGAGAAGGACGUGCUGGUGGCUGAGGUCUUUGGCCUCAAGCAGCUGCUGGAGGACAAAGACUCUGACAUCGUGGGGCUGACACAGAAGGCUGAGGCACUGGAGGCAGAGCUUCAGGACAUCUCCUCCCAGGAGUCAAAGGACGAAGCCUCCCUAGCCAAGGUGAAGAAACAGCUGAGGGACCUGGAGGCAAAGGUCAAAGACCAGGAGGAGGAACUGGAUGAGCAGGCUGGGACCAUCCAGAUGCUGGAGCAG